GCCCCUCCUCGGCGUUACGUGGUAGAAGUACCCUGCCUGCUGUCAGCUGGAGCGCCUCUUGUCAUUGCUGGGGGCAGGCAGCUUCUCAGGAGGUGGCACUGAAGGGCACCCUCAUCUGUGGUCACUGCGCAUCUCUGUAGGCACCGUGCAAGAUGCCCCUGGCACGCAGCUUAUCAGUCACUUCUCUGAACGGGCUGGAUGAUUGGGAUGAUGACCUGGACCUGGAGAACAGUGUGCUCUUCGAGGUGGCAUGGGAAGUGGCAAAUAAAGUGGGCGGAAUUUAUACGGUUAUACAGACCAAAACCAAGAUCACCACAGAUGAAUGGGGAGAGAAUUACUUCCUCAUUGGGCCCUACUUUGAGCACAAUGUACGGACUCAGGUUGAGUUGAUUGAGCCUCCAAAUCCUGCCAUCAAGCGCGCUAUGGAUUCCAUGAACUCAAAGGGAUGUAAGAUCUACUUUGGCCGCUGGCUGAUAGAAGGCAGCCCAUAUGUAAUCCUCAUCGACAUAGCAGCCACUGCCUGGAGCCUGGACCGCUGGAAGACUGAGCUUUGGGAUAGCUGCACCAUAGGGAUCCCAUGGUAUGAUAGGGAAGCCAACGAUGCUGUCUUGUUCGGGUUCCUAACAGCAUGGUUCCUGGGUGAGUUUGCAGCACAAUGUGGCGAUGAGAAGCCCUUUAUCCUGGCUCAUUUCCACGAGUGGCUAGCUGGCGUUGGCUUAUGUUUGUGUCGUGUUCGUAAACUCCCAGUGGCUACCAUCUUCACUACUCAUGCCACUCUCCUGGGCCGUUACCUGUGUGCCGGAAGCGUGGACUUCUACAACAACCUGCAGUCGUUUAAUGUAGAUAAGGAAGCUGGUGAUCGGCAGAUCUAUCACAGAUACUGUAUGGAACGUGCUGCGGUUCAGUGCGCCCAUGUCUUCACCACGGUCUCACAGAUCACUGCAAUAGAAGCUGAACAUCUGCUGAAACGUAAACCCGAUGUUGUGACCCCAAACGGUUUAAACGUAAAGAAAUUUUCUGCCAUGCAUGAGUUUCAGAACCUCCACGCUCAGAGUAAGAACCGCAUCCAGGAGUUUAUCCGGGGGCAUUUUUACGGACAUCUAGACUUCAACUUAGACAAGACCCUGUUUUUCUUCAUUGCUGGUCGCUAUGAGUUCUCUAACAAAGGUGCUGACGUUUUUCUGGAGGCCUUAUCCAGACUCAAUUAUCUUCUUAGGGUGAAUCAAAGUGACCUCACAAUUGUAGCCUUCUUCAUUAUGCCUGCACGGACCAAUAAUUUUAAUGUGGAAACACUAAAAGGUCAAGCAGUUCGGAAGCAACUGUGGGAUACUGCUAAUGCUGUGAAAGAGAAGUUUGGGAAGAAAUUAUACGAGUCCUUACUAGUAGGGAAUCUACCAGACAUGAAUAAGAUGCUUGAUAAAGAAGACUUUACUAUGAUGAAGAGAGCUAUUUUUGCUACCCAGAGACAGUCAUUCCCUCCCGUCUGCACCCACAACAUGCUUGAUGACUCCACAGACGCCAUCUUAAAUACUAUCCGAAAGAUCGGACUCUUCAACAGUAGUGCUGACCGUGUGAAGAUCAUUUUCCAUCCAGAGUUUCUUUCCUCUACAAGCCCGCUCUUACCAGUGGAUUAUGAGGAGUUUGUACGGGGAUGUCACUUGGGAGUCUUCCCUUCUUACUAUGAGCCUUGGGGCUACACACCUGCUGAGUGUACCGUUAUGGGGAUCCCCAGUAUUUCCACCAACUUGUCAGGAUUUGGAUGUUUCAUGGAGGAGCAUAUUGCUGACCCGUCUGCCUACGGUAUUUACAUCUUAGACCGGCGCUUCCGUUCAGUGGACGAUUCCUGCACUCAGCUCACAUCCUUCUUGUACAGCUUCUGUCAGCAAACCCGGCGCCAGCGCAUCAUUCAGAGAAACCGUACAGAGCGCCUCUCUGACCUGCUGGACUGGAAAUAUCUAGGCAGGUAUUACAUGUACGCUCGGCGCAUGGCCCUGGCAAAGGUGUUCCCAGACAACUUUACCUACGAGCCUCAUGAACCUACAGCAGCUGCAGGUUUCCGUUAUCCACGCCCAGCCUCUGUUCCUCCUUCUCCUUCCCUGUCCCGUCACUCCAGCCCGCAUCACAGUGAAACAGAAGAUGACGAGAGAUACGACGAGGAAGAAGAAGCAGAGAAAGAUCGUCAGAACAUCAAGCAACCAACCAUGUCUAACGUGACCCAGAUUCCGGAGUGGCGAAAACGCUCCAAAAAAGGCUCAGUUGACGCAGGAAACUCCAGUAAUGCCAGCACCCCCACCAACCCAAGUAGCCCAAGUGACCUAAGUAGCCCCACCAGCUCACUCAUUGAGGAGAGGAACUAAAGGUUUCUUGUUAUUUAGUAUGAAGGCAGAAGUUAAGGCUCCUUUCCAAGAUGAGAACAAGCAUUACAAGAGGAACAUCAUCAUUUCCCUACAUCUGACGACUUGUCUAAGCCCCACCAGGUCGAUAUGAUGGCAGAUUUCCCAAGUAAUUGGCUGCUAGGUGCAGUUGUAACACUCUAGUAUAACCUGCAAAGGGCUUCAUGUGCAAAGGCAGUCAUUGGGUUCUCCACAUCCGUUCAUUUCCUGCUCUGAAGAUUAGGUCACCGUAGUUAUUGGGUCUUUGUUGUAGCAGCCACCAAGAAGAUACCUCUUGGCUCCACCAAAGUAUUCAGUGAUUGCAUUUUUUGCCUAAUCUCUUGGCUGCACUUCCUAACUUAUCAAAUGCAUCUUAUUCUCUUAUUUGAGCACAUGUACCUAUAUUACUUGAUCCACCUAUCUUCCAACUAUCUGUAUACCUAGGUUAUUAACAAUAAGCUUCCCCCUCUUAUUUUCUAGAGUACUCUGUCAGUCCAACCUCUGGCUCUCAGUAUUGGGCAAUGCAACUAGUGAAGGCUAUGCCCAAUGUCUGUGCCAUGUAUCAAAUCAUUGUAUUCCCAGAGGAUGUCUUUUAGGAACAUGAACGAUUAUGAUAAGGCUGCUACUGUUUGAAACGGUCUCAGGGUAAUGGCUAUGUGUCUUCAGUGGUAGAAUGUAAGCGACUAGAAUGUGAAUGUAUUGUGUAACUCUUGUUAAAAAAAAAAUUACCUGGUGUAAUAUGUGCAGAUUUGCUCUAACCAGGUUAUAGCAGUCAGAUUAGAAGAUGAAGUAAAAUCGGUAGAUGUAGGUUCUAGCACAUUGCACCAUAUUAUCAACUAAGCCAGGUAUGUAACUGUAUGCUGACUAUGUGUUUGUAGUAGAGCAUUGUGUCCUUAACCCAAUAAAGAACAUUGGAUGCACUAUAGAGCUCUCAGGUAGGCAGGAAGGUAAUAGUGGGGCCGACUGCCCCAUUUGGGAGGCGGUUGUUAUGGCUGCCUUCAGCAGACGCUGUGUUCCUCUUCUCACAAUCUGAAUCCAUGUCUAUGUCUGCCAUUCAGUUGAGGUAUUUAGGUUUCCAGCUAUAUUUUUUUACACUCUGCUGGUCUUUGAGCACAGCCUUUUAUGAUCAUAACAGAUAGUGCUCUGACUCCUCUUUUAUAUCUGUAACUGAUCAUCGUGUGGUGGGGCUGCGGAGACUGAAUUCUCACAUACAACUAUGUAGUAUUUAAAAAUAAAUUUUAAACCUGA